AUGUCUAAGCAGCCAACAGCUUUGGAACGUCUGGCGAUGAAGUGGGAGGCACGCCGGGCUGCUCGAGCGGAGGGUAGUGUUGUACCUCCUAAACCGGAGCGUAGAGGAGUACCAUUGGAGAAUCCACGCUCAACGAAAAAGGCUGGUGAAGAUUCCUCGAGCGACAUAAGCCAAGGAAAGCGGGCAAACACAAGCGGAAGUAGGUUUAAGCCGAAUACGCAUAUGCUGAGUGCCUUGGUGAAGGGGCAGAUUAGGACGAAUGAGCGGAUGGAUAGGGAACAGACUGAGAAUGCUCAAGAGAGGUUGGAUACUAUGGACGGUGGGAGAUCCUUCACGAAGGUGCGGAUCAUGACCAGCUACCUCACUGAGCACGGUUCAACAGGCAUUGCCGCUGGCCAGGAAGCGUAUUAUGAUGAUGAUGCCUCUGCACAAGAACAGUGGGAUGAGUGGGAAAAGCAAAAACGCUUUAAGUUUGGUUCCUAA